CGGAAGUCCGGGCUCCCACAGUGCCCCGCGCGUGGCGGGCAUGAUAACAAACCUUCGGUGUUUCCACGCGGGGUGUGCAUCGUGCUGCGUGCGACGACGGCUCUCCACGGGCGGCGCCGGGCUAACGCAUCGUCGGCCCGACCGAUGGCCCUGUUACGGGGAAUGUGGGGCGCGCUAAGGGCACUCGGGCGCUCGAGGGCCGAGAUGUGCGCGGACUGCGGGGGCCGCUUGCCCUCGCCGUUCAGCCUUUUCUGUAUUCCUAAAUGUUUUUCAUCCAACUUGGGUAAUUAUCCAAAGAAACCUAUGAGCUCAUACCUUCGAUUUUCUACAGAACAGCUACCCAGAUUUAAAGCUAAACACCCAGAUGCAAAACUUUCAGAAUUGGUUAGAAAAAUUGCGGCCAUGUGGAGGGAACUACCAGAUGAAGAAAAAAAAGCAUAUGAAGCUGAUUUUAAGGCAGAUUGGAAAGCGUACAAAGAAGCCAUGGACAAGUUUAAAGAACAGCUAACACCAAGUCAGUUGGUGUCUUUUGAGAAAGAAGUCAGGCAAAAACGUUUAAAAAAGAAAGCGCUGAUAAAAAGAAGGGAAUUAAUUUUGCUUGGAAAACCAAAAAGACCUCGAUCAGCGUACAACAUUUACGUAUCUGAAUGCUUCCAAGAGGCUAAGGAUGAAUCUGCUCAGGGAAAACUGAGGACUGUAAAUCAGGCUUGGAAAAACCUGUCUAGUGAUGAAAAGCAGGCAUAUAUUCAGCUUGCUAAAGAUGAUAGAAUUCGUUAUGAUAAUGAAAUGAAGUCUUGGGAAGAGCAAAUGGCUGAAGUUGGACGAAGUGAUCUCAUCCGGCGAAGUGUGAAACGAUCAGGAGACAUCACUGAGAAUUAAGACAGAAGACGGAGUUGUCUUUGAUUAGGCACAAGAAACCAAUUAGGUCUCAACGCCUUAAGUUGUCAACUUAGAAAGGAUAAAGGUGGCUAACA